CGGACGGACGUCACGUCACACGUCAGAGGGGAGAAAAUGAAAGAAGAAGAAAUGUCAUAAAAAAUUGGGGUAUUUGCAAUCUAUUUAUAAUCUUUUUUGAUAUAUUUUUGCAGUAUUUUAUUACUUAGAAAUAAAUUUUCCACAUAUUUUAGUACCAAUUUAUAAUAAAGUACGAUGGCGACAGCUGUUGUUAAGCAGGAAGUGAACAGCAGCAUAGAACCAUCACCAGAGUGCAAAACUGCAUGGUGUCCGAUCAAUGAUGAUAAUGAUGCCCAACAACGUAAAACAAGUUCUUCCCAAGAGGAGCAUGUUAAGCAAGAGGUGGCAGACGAAUGUUUAGAAGACGCGGACUUGUAUACUGUGAAGAGUGUAUCGGAAAUGUGGCCUUCUAAUCGCAGACAAUAUGGCUCUGCCAAAGCAAAACAAGCCAAAAUCAAAAGAGAAGAUAAUGGAUUCAAAGAAAAUGAGUUGGCUGAAAAAGUCUCAACUACACCCAAGGUCGAAAUCAGAAGAGAAGAUGCUGGAUUCAAAGAAAGUGAGUUGGCAGAAAAUGAGUCAAUAGAUGAAUCAUGCUUACAGAAAGUCUCAACCACACCCAAAGCCAAAAUCAAAAGAGAAGAUAAUGAGUUGGCAGAAAAUGAGUCAAUAGAUGAGUCAUGCUCACAGAAAGUCUCAACUACACCCAAGAGUCAAUAUUGCAGAUGGCGACAGUUGCAGUUGAGCAGGAGACCGAUAGAAGCCAAGAACCGACGCCAGGGUGCAGUACUGUAUGCUCUCAAAUCAUAGAAGAUUUUAAUGAUGAUGAUAAUAAUUUCAGACAAACUAUAGACAGUUUGUGUCCAGAGCUCUCCAAAGGAAACGCGUAUGAUUCUGAGGAGGCUGCAGGAAGUUGGAAAGUUGACUGCAGCUCAAUAAAGCGCAAAUCAGUGAUGUCUUCCACCUCCAGCACCAGUACAUCUCACCAAACCAAAGCUACACAAUCGGAAAGCAAUCUAGCAGGUUCAGUAAAUAAUAUUCAGCCAAAUAAUUUGAAGAGAGAAAAGGAUAUGCUCUAUAGGUGUGCUCACUGUAGCUAUGAAACUGACCAGUUGGAAUGUUUGAAGAUUCACAUUGCAAAACACGCUGGAGAAAAACUCUCAAGUUGUGGGUUUUGUGAAUACACAUCAUCCAAUUUGAGUGAUUUGAAGAAACAUAUCAAAAUGCAUUCUGGCGAGAAACUCUUUAGUUGUGAUUUAUGUAGUUAUAAGACUGCUCAACCAGCUAAAUUUGUAGAACAUCUCCGAACACAUCCAAACCUAAAAAGAUACAUCUGUGAAUUAUGCGGCUUUGAGUUAAAUAAUUCAGGUGCUUUGAAAAGUCAUCUCAGAAUACAUUCUGCAAAAAAAUUGAAAAAUCCUCUCAGAAUACAUUCUGCAAAAAAAUUCAGCUGUGCAUUUUGUGACAAGAAGUUCAGUAGAAAAACGCAUUUGGAGAAUCAUCUCACAGCAAAUACAGAGGAAAAAACUUUCAUCUGCAGAUGUUGUGACUAUUCAUGUGCUUGUAAAGGUCUUUUAAAAAGUCAUGUCAAAACACAUACAGGAGAAGAACGCUUCAGCUGUAAAUUUUGUAACUUUGAAUGUAAGAACAUUCGUUACAUAAACAUACAUCUCAGACCUAAUAAAGGUGAAACCCCUUUCAACUGUAAUUUUUGUGACUAUUCAUGUGCUUGUGCAGGUCUUUUGAAAGAUCAUAUCAAAACUCAUAAAAGCAAAAACUCUUCAUCUUAUAUCUGUGAACGGUGUGGCUCUUUAUUCAAUCGGAUAGGUGAUUUUAAAAAUCAUUUCAGAAGACAUACAGGAGAAAAGCCUUUCAGCUGUGAUUUAUGUGGCUAUAAAUUCUCACAAUUAUAUUUAUUGAAAAAACAUCUCAAAACUCAUACCGGCGAAAAACCUUACAGUUGUCGAUUUUGCAAUUACAAAAGCAUCACAAAAUGUAAUUUGAAUAGACAUGAAAUGAUUCAUACAGGUGAAAAACCCUUCUGUUGUAAAUUAUGUGACUUUAAAUGCAUUCAGUCGGGUGAUAUGAAAACUCAUAUCAGAAAACAUACAGGAGAGAAACCUUACAGCUGUGAAUCAUGCGACUUUAAAGCCAUCCUACGAAGCGUAUUGAAAAAACAUAUCAGAACGCAUCAUUCUACAGAUCAUUCUACAUCAUCUACAUAUCAUUCUACAGAGAAAUCUUUCAGAAAUGUACAGAGAAGCUGUAUAUUCUGUAACUUUGAGUGCACUGAGUUAUUUGAAUUCAAAAUUCAUCUCGAAAAGCAUCGAGAUAAAGACAGGUUUUUCAGCUGUCAAUCAUGCAAAUUUCAAACCACCUCUCUAUAUUAUAUGAAAAGACAUGUAAUGGUUCAUACUGGCGAAAAACCUUUCUGUUGUGAAUUGUGUGACUUCAAAUGCAACCAGUUGGCUAUUUUGAAAUGUCAUAUCAGAACACAUACAGGAGAAAAACCAUAUAGCUGUGAAUUAUGUGACUAUAAGUGCAGUGAUUCAAGAACUUUGAAAAGACAUAUAAGGAAGCAUGAAGAAGGAAAAAUUUAGCUGUAAAUUAUGUUACUGUAAAAAUAAUCAAGUUCAAAGCUUUUUAAAGAUCAUCUCUGAGCCUAGUUAAAAAUACAUCAAUUUUUACCGUCCUUAUAAAUUCUACCAGAUUGAACAAAACGUGACAAACACAAUAUCGUUAUGAAAACCUCUGAGUAGUUAAAUCUGUUUUUUUAAAUAAGGUUUUUGCUAAAAAUGUUUGUUUCAAUCGAAAUACAGACGAAUUUUAAAAUAAUAAUAAAUUAUUGUUUUAGGUCCGGUUUCCGAGCUCGGGAUUUAUAGUUUGUGUAAAAUAAGUUGAGACUUGGCCCUCCAUCCGAAGAAAUUACAAGGUUGCCAAUUCGUGUAAAAUUAAACUUUCUCAAAUUUUCAAUUGGAUGUAGAAUAUCAUCCCCGAUAUCCUAGUAGAGCUAAAAAUGUUUCAGGAUUGAAGGAUUAAAAGGAAAUUCAACUUUUAUGAUAAAAUUGGAAACAUCGCGAAGAUUUGUUCUUCUUUUGAAUAUCACUUCUCUCAGAAUCAUUGGGCGUCGUAAUACGUAAAAAA